AUGCCCGAAGAUUGGCCAGGACCUGUCAAAUACUGGGAUGGCCCAGUACCGCCUGCAUCAGGUCCAGAUCCUAAUGAUCACAUGCAAUACAUGCGACUCGCUCUAGAUCAGGCCCAAGAAUCACCACCAAAGCCCUCGAACUUCCGUGUAGGCGCACUACUUGUCAACGCAGACGAUGGAGCCAUACUGUCCCGCGGGUACACGCUAGAAUGCGAAGGAAACACGCACGCUGAGCAGUGCUGUCUGUUGAAGUUUGCUCAAGCACAUGACCUACCUGAGGAGCGAGUGGGAGAAGCAUUACCGCCAAACACGGUCAUCUACACUACCAUGGAGCCCUGCAAUUUGAGACUGAGCGGCAAUAUGCCCUGCUCAGAUCGGAUCAUCAGGACGCGGAGCAAGGAUGGGGAACAGAGGAUUAAGAAGGUCUAUUUGGGUGUGAAAGAGCCGGAGAAGUUUGUGGGCGAGAACGAGGGCAGGAAGAAACUUGAAGGGCAUGGCAUUGAGUGCAUUCACGUACCCGGAUUGGAGGAACGAAUCUUGAGUGUUGCGACUGCCGGACACGACAGUUAG